AUGGUUAACAAUCAAUACUAUUCAAUUGAUAAUAAUAAAGAUAAUUAAUUAAAAAACCUUAAUAGUGCAAACCAAUAACUUUAGUAUGAUAUUUCACAAAAAAAUUAAGAAAAUUAAGUUUUAAUUUAAGAUAUUUCAUAACUCAAAAAAAAAAUAUAAGAACUUAAUAAUAUUUUAGAAAAUCUAAUUAAUAUUUAAUAUGAAUUCUAAAAAUUUAAAUUAGCUGCUGAUAAUAAUAUAAAUAGUUUAAAUAGUGAAAUUGAAGUGCUUCAAGAGUAAAUUUUGAGAGAAUAGAAAAAAAACGAAUAAUAUGAAAAAUUAAUUAGAGAAAAAGACAAUUAUAUGAACUAAAUAAAUAAUAAUGAAGAAAAUGUAAGUAAAUUACAUAACCUUACUGAGGAAAACCAAAAACUUAAAAAUGAUAUUUUUCAAAUAAAGUAAGAAAAUUAAGUUUUAAUUAAUAAUGAUAAAUAAUCUAGAUGCUAAAUUGAGGAACUCUAAAAUACAGUUUAAAGUCUUCAAGAUUAAAUUAAUAGUUAAAAAGAAAACUAAAAAACUAUAUUAGCUAAUGAAAAAAAUAAUUUAGCAAGCGAAAUUAAAAAAUUUUAAAAGGAAAAUUAAGACGCAUAACAAAAAAAUGAAGAACUUAAAAAUGAAAAUUAAGAUUUAUAAAAAAUAAAUUAAGAAUAUUAAAUUCUGAACGAUAAACUCUAAAAUGAAUUAAAGGCCUCCAUAUUACAAAAUCAAUAAUAAAAAUAAUUGAUUAAUGAGUUGGAAAAUAAAUUUUAGUAAGAAUAAGAAGAAGAAAAAAAAUUAGAAACUCAAUAAAAGUAAAUUCAAAAUAAAAAUCUUCAACUUUAAGCUUAAAAUCAAGAGCUUAUAAACUAAUAAAGCUCUUUAAAAACUUAAUUAUAAGAAGCAUAACAUAAAAUAUUAUUAUAUGAUAUUUAAAAAGUAUCAUAAAAGAAAAUAUAAUUUUAAGAUAAAGACAAUAAUAACCUUGAUUAUUGCAUUCCUCAUAUGAAAUAUGACAUUGAAAUUAAUAUGCGAUCAGUUCUAGAUCUUGAAAACUGUAUUAGUAAUCAAAAUAUUAAAAUUGAAAAUUAAUAAGGAAGAAAUUUCAUUCAAAAUUAAAGCUUAGUGAAUAUAAAUUUAAGAGAGUAGAAUUUAUUUAAUUAAAAUUUAACUAUAGUUGGUUUUUUAGGAUAAACCAAUAAAGGUAAAACUUUUAUCAUGAACUAUCUUUUUUGUGAAAAUUAAUCAGCUGAUAUAAAUGAAGGUACUCAAGGGAUUUCUAUGAAAUAUGAUUUAAGUAAUGGUAAAAGUGUUAUUUAUAUUGAUUCUUAAGGUACAAACAAACCUAACUAAAUAAAUUAUGAAAGUUCUCAUGAUUACGUUAAAUUUAUUGAAAAAAGGAAUUAAGGAAAAGAAAGUUACAGAGAUUUGUAGAAAAUAUAAAAUGAUGUAAAUACAAUCAAUCAAUUUUAAUAAGUAACAGAAUAACUCUAAUAAGGUUUUAUCAUUUAAUAUUCUUAAAUCUUAAUUAUUGUCAUUUCCAAUCUUACUUAAGAAGAUGUUAAUUUCAUUAAUAAAAUGUCUAAUACUUUUGAUUAAAAUGAAGCUUAUAGAUAAAAAAGAAUUUUUGUAAUUCAUAAUUUGAAAAACUCACAUUUAUCAUAAAAUGUCUAUAAUUACAUACAGCAAUUGAAAAAAAUAUUUCCAAUUCGGGAAUAAUCAAUUAAUACUUUUAAGUAGCCAGAAUACAAGUAAAAUACCAUAUUUAUUGAUAUAAUAAAUUAAAAUGUUAAUCAUUUAAUUAUGGCACAUCAAAUAAGUGAAGCUGGAGAAGAAUAUAACAAAUUUACAAUCAAAUAUUUGAAACAAGUAAUAGUAUUUUGUACUUCUUAAAUUAGAUUUAAUCCAGUAUAAAAAUUUAAAGAUUAUCUAAAUCAAAAUAUAAAAACCUAUUUGACAUUAAAGUAAGAUGAAGAAUAAAGCAUGCAUUAAUUACAGAAAGAAUUUAUAGAAUAUGAUGAGCAGUAACAAGUUAUCCGACUCAAGAAAGGCUUUAGUAUUGAAAAAAUUAAAUAUCUUUAAACGAAUUUCAGUACUUUUAAAAAUUAGUGUUCUUACUCAAUCGUUUAAAAUAAAGAAUAGAAUAAGCUUUAUCUUUUGGUAGAAAUUCCAAAUUCAGCAAGUUUUGAGUAGGAGUUUAGAAAAAAAGAUGGAUUAUUUAUUAUUAAAACUACAUAAAACUAUGAUUUAGAAGAGUAGCUUGGAUAAUGCUAUAUCUCAAAUAGGAAACAAAAAGAAGAAUACAUAAUUAAAAUAUGUUCAGAAAACGAACUUUACAAACAUAAUUAGAAUGAAUACUAAAAUUUUAGAAAUGGUAUUCAUCAGUUUGUAUUUGAUAAAGAAGUAGUUGAUAGCGAAAAUGAGAAUAAUUGA